GCAUCUGAAACUCAAUCUCCUUGGACUUGAAGUGGGGGAAGCUGCACUGCUGCCGCACGGGGCUCUUACUAGUGACUUGUUCAGCAGCCGGGCUGGCAUGUAGCGAUGGGCCCCCCAUGCACAGGACGGGACUCUAUCUGACUCUCAAGCACUUUUUAUUUUUGUUUUACUAUUUUUGUAUGUUUCAUUUUUCUUUUAAAUGUAUAAUUUGAUGGGGCUGAACAGCACGAGCGCAGCCACACAGCCCAAUGUCUCCUGUACAUGUAACUGCAAGAGAUCACUGUUCCAGAGCAUGGAGAUUACGGAGCUGGAGUUUGUCCAGAUUAUUAUUAUCGUAGUGGUGAUGAUGGUAAUGGUUGUUGUUAUCACGUGUCUCCUAAACCACUACAAGCUGUCAGCGCGUUCCUUUAUCCAUCGACAUAGCCAGGGGAGGCGUCGAGAGGAGAACUUGUCCUCGGAAGGAAGUUUAUGGGCUUCAGAGAGCACCGUAUCAGGAAAUGGAAUGACUGAGCAGCAUUCUUAUAUACAGAGACCCUUGGACCGGCUCAGUGUCCCUUCAUUUCUGCAGAGAGAUCGAUUCAACCGUUUCCAGCCCACUUAUCCCUACAUGCAACAUGAAAUUGACCUUCCUCCAACAAUCUCCCUUUCAGAUGGCGAGGAGCCCCCUCCUUAUCAGGGUCCCUGCACCUUGCAACUCCGGGACCCUGAGCAACAGAUGGAACUAAAUAGAGAGUCUGUUCGUGCCCCUCCUAACCGAACCAUCUUUGACAGUGACUUGAUAGACAGUUCAGUGUAUGGUGGUCCCUGCCCACCAAGCAGCAACUCUGGUGUCAGUGCCACUUCCUAUGGUAGCAAUGGUAGGAUGGAAGGACCGCCCCCGACCUACAGUGAGGUCAUAGGUCAUUACCCAGGAUCCUCUUUUUAUCAGCAUCAGAACAUUGGCUCACCAUCAUUAUUGGAAAGCAACAGACUUCAUUUACAAAGCAGUGGUCUUGACAGCACAAUUGUACGGAGUAAAGAAAAACAAAAAGGACAGCCAUUUUGAAAUCAAAGGAUUAAUAAAAACACUCUGCACUUCUAUUUGAUCCCAUCUGUCGCUGGAGAGGCUCGCAAACUAAAAUGUUUUGCGGACUUACCCAGUGACCUUAGGGACCAGAGAAUGAUAACCAGGAGAGUAGUUUGGGGUCUGGGAAUUGUUUAAUAUAAACUUCCUCUCCCCUUACACAUCUCCCUGUAUAAAUAUUUACAUGUUUAUGUCUGGUUUGGAUGCACAAGCUAAGAGCUUGCAGUUAUUUUUUUUGUUUGUCUGUUUGUCUAGCUGCAUCUUGAAAUCAAAUCCUACAAAUUUCAUCUAUUUUAUUUUUAUCCCUUGGUUACCGAGUUGAGCAGCGUGCGUGAAUGCUUUUCCAAUUCCUCACCUACCAACCUACCACCCCAAUAUAUAUAUAUAUAUUUUUUUUUUCAUAAUAUCUCACUUUAAGGAAAAAGGAAAAAAAAAAGAAAUAUUUGCACAAAACUACUUGUUUAAAAAUCUGCAAUAUAUAUAAAUAUAAAUAUAUAUAUAAAAUAAGAGAAAAGAGUAUGAGUGAGGGGAUGUGUAUUUUUGUAUUAGAAGAGAUCUAUACAUUCUUCGGGUUUGUUUGAAUUUCUGAAGUAGAAAAGAACAAACGGCAAUUUUUUUGUGUUUGAGUGCCAACUCCGAAAGUUUGUUGUAUAAUGUUUUAAAAAAAAAAAAAGACAGGGGUUUAGAGUUAUUUAUAUAUAAAUGUUGACAUUUUGCACUAUUUUUUAAUAUGACUAUACAAGUGAUUGUGUUAACAAAAUAUCAUGUCUACCACAAAUAUAUAAGAAGGGAUAUGUGCAGCACUAAGUUACAUUGGGAAACCAAAUUUAAAAACUUUUUUUAUUUUUUAAUUUUCUGUAUCAGCUGAGCACAGUGACUUAAAGAUACAUUCACUCUGAAACUGCUUACAUAUUACAGGUGCAAUUGUCUGGCAAUAAUGCUAAUUAUGCUAAUAUGUAAUCAAUGACCAUAUUGUAACCUAAAAAUGAUGAAUUGGAGUAGAAUAUUUAAAAUGUUCAUCUUAAAAAAAAAAAAAAAGCUAAAACGUGUAACUGGCAAAUAAAGAACAAGAUGGGGAAAAGAAAGUAAUUGGAACAUUUAAGAAAAUAAGACACUCAGGCGGUGUUGGAAAUUAUUUAUAGAAUUUUCUUCUUUCAUGACUUUUUGAAUUCUGCUCAAUUGGAGUGUGGUUAUUUGUUCUAAAUGUAGCAUUGAUUAUUUAUGGGCCAUUGCACGUGUAAUGUGUAAAGCUGAGUGAUUAAGUCAUGCAAUUUUAUAAAUUAUUGUAUGCUAAUUUUAUAGCAUCUGUUAUCCUUCUGAAAUUGCAAUGAUAUAUUUCUGAUCAUUGUUAUAUCCCCUGUGUAUGCACAGAUGGAACAUGGGUAAAAAAAAAAAAUAUGACCAGAGUCUCCCCUGCUAAUUCCAUGUUACAGAAGUUAUAUUCAUGGAAAAAGUGACAUUAUCUGGAAAAAGAGUGAAUGAAUCUUUCAGGGCUUCAGCUCUCCAAGUCGUAUCCUACUGAACACAUCAGUUGCAGUCCAGCUAUUAAAUACAUUCCCUCCAAGACCAGAAUAAAGUAUGGGCCAAUUAAAAAUUAAUUGGAUAAAAAAAUGAAUUGUUUUAAGAGUUUUUUUUUUUUUUUUUCUUCUUUUUUUGUUGUUUCUUUGUUAAGUCUUACAUAAUGGAACAGGUUCAUGUUAAGAAACAAAAAAUGAAAUUACAAUGUGAUUUAAAGAACUUUCAUUUUGUGUGCUUGGUUAUUAAAUUAUAUGCCAUUGUGCUUAUGUAUAUAUGUGUAUGUGUAUCAUUAUAUAUAUAUAUAUAUAUAUAUAUAUAUAUAUAUAUAUAUAUAUAUAUAUAUAAAAUGAUCCACAAGCCAUGGACAUAUGUUUAUCUCAGAAGCCUCUCCAAGAGCCGGGGUUUGGACAACAGCGUCAUCACUAUAGAGUAAUAUGCACUAAAGUGGCGUUUGUGCUAAAAUUACAUUGGAGGUUUGUGUACUUACUGAAGUUAUUUUUUAGAUUUGUUAAUAUAGACCAGAGGAGCCAGCACAGAUAUCGGGCUGUUCUUGCAGCGUGAGUUCUCUGGUUAAAGUUUAAGACCUCACUGCCUUAGGACUUUGUUGAUAUUUCACUAGUGCCAUAACUGAAUUCCCAGCACCUUCUCUCAGUGUCUCUCCUAGUAUAGUGAAGUCUGUGGAUAAAAUAAAGAUGAAAGUACUGGUUGGAUUUAACUCCUAUUGUGGUAAUUACUUUUGUGAAACUCCUGCUUUAUUAAAGUCUGAUCUUUCCCAGUUGUGGCAAGGAGAGGUAUUAGCUAACCAUUGAAAUGUUUGAGAAGCUUGCUCUUUUAAAGAAAUAAUAAUCAUUUGGUUGGAAUUUUCCGUAACUGCUUGUUUGAGCAGUCCAUUCAAAUGUCACAUUUUUAAAAUGUUGCUAAAACCCAUUAAAGGAAUUGCAUUACUUGAUUUGUAUAAAGCAUCCAUUCCCCUUGAUUCCUGAGUUGGCCAAGUCACAUUCAUUUCCCUAGCUUUGCUUAUUGACCCAAAUGCUCUUGAGCAAUAUAUUCUCACAAUCUGACCUAUUUUGAACCUCUUGAGAAAUUGAGCCAAAAUCAACUGCCUAGUCCAAAUUCUGCUGUCAUUUUUUAAGGGGAUAUUAAACACCUGUGGCUUUUGUGUGGAAAUUGUGCAUUAUCACACACACUCCCAAGAUAGGCCAAAAAGUAAAAUCUGUAGCCUAAGUUCUCCAAAAGUUGCAAGUUGCCUAAAUCAGUUGUUCAGUUGCAGCAUAUGCAUGCUUUAUGGCAUCGUGUAAGAGUGUGUGUUAAAACUCACAAGAGGAACAGGUGUUCAAUGUCCUUUUAAAACCCAUAGCCCUUUAAAUUUGUGCUUUAUUAUUUAUUUCUUGUAUUUUUUUCAUGGCUUUUAUCCAUUUGAUUUGCUUCAAAUUUAUAGCACCAGUUAUAUUCUACACACCUCAAUCAUAUUAAACCUAUUUUAUAUUUGUGUAAGUCUCAAAUAGAAUCACAAAGAUGUGCUGUUUACCCAUUCAGUGGCCUAUAACCUGUCACAUGAAUUCUUUGGCCAUAUUGGGCAAGAAUAUUUCAAUUUUAGAUAAAUGUGUUUAUUAUACAAUUACUGUAAACCAAAGGACGAUGAAUACAUUUCCAGCUUUGUGAUUCCAGUAGUUAUAAAAAUCUGACACAAAGCAUACUUUUAAACCAUCAUCUCUACAAAAAAAUAAUAAAAAUUCUACUUUUUUUA